UGUGUCUAAACAGGCGAGCCGGCGAAGCUGAAAAGAUAUUUCACCAACAGCCGUAAUGUCGGGCAGGUCGGUACGCGCGGAGACCCGGAGCAGGGCGAAAGAUGACAUCAAGCGGGUUAUGGCCGCCAUUGAAAAAGUACGAAAAUGGGAGAAGAAAUGGGUAACGGUCGGUGACACAUCUUUGCGAAUCUACAAGUGGGUGCCAGUGAUGGAACCCAAGUCUGAUGAUAAGAACAAGAACAAGAAGAAGGGCAAGGAUGACAAAUAUGGCUCUGAAGUCACUACACCAGAGAACAGUUCUUCUCCUGGAAUGAUGGACAUGCAUGAUGAUAACAGUAACCAGAGCUCCAUCGCUGACUCUUCCCCUUUAAAGCAGGAGACCAGUAACAACACUAGCCCCACCCCUGAACCCAUGGCAGCGUCUCAGAACGACAGCAGCGAGACCAAGAGCGACCAGUUUCCUAGCAAACAGUCUUUGUCUGGUCAGGACAGCAAGACUGGACAAAAUCACUCCUCAUCGGAGUCAACAACAGCCAAGAGGGAUGGCAAAUCGCAAGGAGACCAAGAACACUUCACAGAUUCCUCCAAAGCUGCUCAGGAUAUGGAAGAUGGUGCUCCUCCUAACAAGAAAGGCAAAAUGGACUCUUCCUCUGAAGAAAACUAACUUGUCUUUUGCCAACUGUUACACUCUAGUGAUCUCCCUUUCCUCUCCCUGUAUACUUUGAGUCAUUUUACUCCAAACGCUAAGUUGUACAUCUGUUCAUCUGUUCAUCUACUCUCCCAGAAACACAGUCACUCUUCAGUAAGGAUGGGGGCAAAUGUGGAGGAAAGCUAAGGAAUCAAGCUGUGAGAUUUGGGGGUAGGGGUUUACAUUGCACUGAUGCUAGAACAGUUCAGCCAGUCCUAACAUCACCACCUGCUGUUUCCUGUGGAAAGCCGUUUUAGCAUUUAAUCCAAACUUUUUUAUAUUGAAAAUUCAAUUUGAAUGGAUAGAAUUUUUAGUACUAGUAAAAACAUGAACUUUGUUAAUCAAAUUCUAAAAUGUCAAAUUGUAGAAAUUAUAUUUUAGCAUAUAAGAAUUCAGUUCUCACUUGUGAGAAAUCAUGGCUUUUCUUGAUUCAUUUUAAUUUAGAGGAACAUUUUCUAGUACGAGUUUUUUAACAUGUGCUAAAUCAGUUUACACAAGAAAAGUGAUUCUAAAAAAUUCAGUUGAAAUAUUACAUGUUCAAAUUGAUAUCUUACUAGUGAAAACUGGACCGUCGCAUGUUAAAACUUCUUAAAUGUAAAAGCAAAUUUAAUUUGCACAUGGAAUAAUUCAGUUUUAAUAUUAAGAAAUGAAAUGGCAAAUUUAGAAAAUUAACAUGCUUGAUUUAGUACAUGUUAAAUUCCUAUUAAAAUUCCCAUUUCUUAUUAAAAUGAACUAGGA